AUCUCUGCUCCAGUCUUACUAGAGACCUUUCAUUCAGGAAGACACUGAGACUUUUAAGGAGGCAGCAGGAUAAUUCUGUUAAAACAUGUUUUCCUUUGUGAUCCUAUUUUUUGCUCUCUGGUCUUUCUCAUCUGCUCAGAACCAGGAUGAUUAUGACGACCUUUUUUUCCUGAAUUUUGACAAUGAAGUAGAAAGUGUCAUUCCUGCAACAGAAGAAACUAUUUCAUGUGACUGUCAGCGAGAACACACAGAAUGGGACAAACUCUUCAUUAUGCUGGAGAACUCCCAGAUGAAAGAGAACAUGCUGCUUCAGUCCCUCGAUGAAAUCCUUAAGGUGGAGCUGCAGACGCUGAGAGGGGAAAUGCUCCAGUUUGUGGAAAAGUUUGCUGGCAUGUGCAGCACAUACAUUGAGAAUACUACCUCCCAUUUCUCAAGCCAAAUGGACCAGAUGCUGGCAAAGAACAACAGAGAGACUGAGCAGCUUUUGGGGAAGCUUCAUGAAUCCGCGCAAGGAAAGAUUCUUGGAGAGAUUCUGCAGCUGAGCCAAAACGUGUCCCACAGACUCGGCCACUUGGAGCACGCUUGGCAGAGGAGAGCCGACGCGGAAGCUCAGCAGAGGGUUUUGUCGCAAAAAGACACAAUCAGCUAUCCGGCAAGUGGGGAUGAUUUCAUUCUGAAGUCACUGUGGCAAGAGCUACAGGACACAAAAGCAGAGCUGAAAGAAUCCCAGAAGAGGACCACACAGCACGGGCUGCCAGUUGGCUGCGAGACUGCCCUUUUAUUCCCAAUGCGUUCCAAAAAGAUCUUUGUGAGUGUUCAUCCAACAGCUGAAAUGAUGCUCCAGUCCUUUACUGCCUGCUCAUGGGUUAAGGUGACUGAAAUGCUGGACAAAACAAUUGUGUUCUCCUAUGGGACAAAGCACAACCCCUAUGAAAUCCAGCUUUACCUGAGCUACGAGUCUGUUGUUCUUGUUAUAGGCAGUGAUCUCAACAAGAUAAUUGCCACGAAUGUAAUCUCUUCUGGGCAGUGGACUCACAUUUGUGGCACCUGGAGUGCGGUUAAUGGAAAUACAUCACUGUGGAUCAAUGGAAAGGCAGUGGCAGCUUCCUCAGCCAUAGCUGAGAACCACUUCAUUCCAGAUGGAGGAAUUCUGCAGAUCGGCCAAGAAAAGAAUGGCUGCUGUGUCGGAGGUGGUUUUAACGAAUCUUUAGCCUUUUCUGGAAAAAUAACUGACUUUAAUAUUUGGAACAGAGUCCUCAGUGAUAAUGAGGUAACAAGACAAAUGAGACAAGACUCAUGUAACAGCCGUGGCAACGUUGUUGGGUGGGGAGUCACAGAGGUUCUGCCUCACGGAGGAGCCCAGUACAUUUUUGGGCCCUGAACUAAUGCUCUCAAACUCUAUAUAAACGCAUCAAACACACAGACUCUAGGAAACCUGAAUAUUUGUUUUUUUAGGGCUGGUAAAAUAAUACAGUUACCACAGGGAGAUCACAAUAGAAAAGCAGUGGCAUGAAGAAAACAGACCAGUUCUUGAGAUUCCAGUUAGCUCUAGUGCAUGCACGGACUUUGAAUGAGGUUCCACGGGGAAAGAAGCUCCAGGCGACUGGAGGAGUUACAUCACCUCACCCCCAUUUCUCUGUUCUUCUGUGGCCAAAAAGUAGAAAGGUGCUGCCAGGAGGUGGGCACAUGGGCAAGCAACUUCAAGGGAGGGCUGGAAGACGGUUCUCCACAAAAGAGGCUCUAGCUGCUAAGUCUCCUGGAAGCACUCUCGCUGCGUGGCACCUCGGCCAGAGGUGUACAGAACAGUAGUAAUCAGGAGCAGUGGCUUCCAUGCGCCAUCUUGACAGCCUGACCUGCUCUUAAAUAUCUCUCAUGAAGAGUUAGUACUGUAAACAUACUGCUCUACACUGAAGCAUGGAUGCAACAUUGUCUUAGUAAACAUAGUUAAAUCAUAAUCAAAAUGAAUUUUUGAACAUACUGAAGAAUUAUAUUGGAAUAACUAUUCUUAAUGCAGAGGCUGCUCUCAGUAUGGGUAGGAUCCAGUGUCAUACAAGUGGAAGUUGUACAAGAGUUCCACUUAUGCAACUGGAGUGCCCCAUCCCCUCCUCAUGGCUUCAUGCCCCCCAAAUCAGCUCCAGAGAGCCCCUCCACCCUCCGAAGCAGAUGUUGGGAAAGGCUGUGAGGUGGAGGGGAACUGCUUUCCACUGGGCUCUCUCCUGCUGGUGGAAUGGCACCAUCAAGCUGGAUCCUGGGUUUAAUCAUACUGGAAAUCUGGAGACAGAUUUUGGCUAUGUAUGCAAACAAAUAGCUUGAAAGCUAGCUACCAAGUUAAUUUUAGCCCAUCUCUUAGGGGCCUCUUUGUUGAUUUUAUAUUAUGAAUGUGAAUUUUGCUGAUGAACUUUGUGUCAUAAAGUAAUAUUUGCUGGUUUUGUUCCUUGUUACUGGUAGGUACACCUUAAUAAAGCUAAUGCCUUGUCCAAGAGGCUAUUUAUAAUGGAGAUCAAUAUAGCACUUGGAUCACUUCAGUUUUCUUGCUUGAAAUGGUACAGCUGUAUUAUAUUGUAAAUUGAUUUUGUACUAACAUUAUUAAAAUUAUUUUUAUAAAAUUGUACUGUAAAUAAAAAUGCUUUAUCCAACUCA